CUCUACAGGGAACGCUACAAAUCUACCAUCAUGCAUUUAUCUCUUCAGGCCAUUAAUGCGGACGACUUUGCUGUACUUGCCAACAAGCUAAAAGCUGAGCUUGGCCAAGAGAAAGGGAACCAUAUUCACGGGAGCAUUAUUCCGCACGAAAAUGAUAUUCUGCUUGGCAGAGGAGGCAAGAAUAACCAGCACUUCGGAAAUAUUCAACUGCGAAACAUGACUCGGCAAUUCUGCUCCGCCUAUUACGGCGCCACCAAAAAGGAAAAGCCCGCCGUUGCUCGAGGUUUGGUUCAAUGUAUCCAGAACUUAAAUCCACCGGGACGUUUCCUGAAGCAUUCAUUGGGAGGGUGGGAAGAGGCAACAGCAUCUGUCGCUCAAGAGAAAGCUAGCCAGAGCCUCCGUGAUACGGUGGCGUCAGUCUUAAAGGAAGCAAACAUCCAGGAUGGCACACACCCGAAAAACGAAGUUUUCACUCAAAAAUGUCUUGACGAACUACAUCCCGGGUCGAGUCGCCAUCCUAAAUCUGCAACCAAAGAUUCAGUCUUAUUUCAAGAUUCUACUGAGCAAUUGCCUAACAAAAUCGCCCGUUCAUAUCAGGAGAGUGAGUCUUCAUGUCAGGUUCGCAUGCCCGAUAGCUUAGCUGUGAACUUUGGCGACCAAAUGUUACUGUCGAUGGACGCGACGUCGUCUAUCUCCCUCCAAGAAGAGUUCAAUGAAAAUGGCAAGAGAAGUAGAAUCUCUUUCUUAGAAGCCGAUUUGAAUAGCAAGAUCCAACGUUUUUCUACGGAUCGCGCCUUCUGCACCAUGGGGCUUAUAGACAAUUCCGAUUUUAGUUCGAUGGCUAACUCGAAGCCCCAGUACCAGAUAUCGUCCCAGGUAACAACCAGUCGUGUGCCAUGCACAACAUCGACAAAACUCUCGUUCGACACCUGGACUGGAAAUGGUGGCUUUAGCCUCAAUGAUGCAGCUCGGUACGCUCACCUCGCAGCGCAAAGGAAGAGGCAGUUCAGCACCAGCAUAAACAGCGAAAGCAAGGAAGAUCAAGAGAUUGAACUUUUCAGUGCUGAUGCGCUCGAUUCUAUUGUUUGGGACGACGAUGAUAUCAAGCUUGAUAGUACCUCUUCUUUUCAACUUGCUCCGGGUCAACACCAGGCCGCAAGCGCUUGGGACGACGAAGACGCUUUUCGUCGGCGCAUUAGGAAUCUCUUACAGGAAUUGUAGCCGCUGAUACAUCAUCAUUUCUAAAAUAAUAUAUUUGCUUGUGUGCGU